AUGAGCAGUAGCAGCUCCUGGGGCCAGUCGCCCGCUAUAGCAGCAGGGGGUGCAGCAGCCGAGGCAGCAGCAGCAGCAGCAACAGGAGCAGCACAGCCCGUUGCUGCUCAAGAACCCGUUCCUCCUGCAGUUUGUGCCGAUGUAGGGAGACGCAUGCAGCACGCCGACAACUUCUGGCAACAGCUGGAAGCAGCAGCAGCAGCAGAAGUGGGGCCUCAGAAAGCAAAACGAUUCGUGGCUGCCUUUCAACAGGCCCACGACAAUAAGGUGCAGGCAGCAAACUUAGAGCAGGCAGACCAACUCGCUGCGCAGAUAUUCGCUGCUAUACAGCAGCAGCAAGGCUAA